CCGUGGAUAGACAGUAGGGUGUGACUCCGCCUAUUGAUCAAAGACCAUCCUCCUCCCUUUUGUCUUUUCUUCAGUUUGUUAACUUCUCUAAAAGCCGCGUGGACUUCGGCCGAGCCGCUCCAACCCUCUUUACGCAGGCCUUCAUUUCAUUUCGUGGGAUUUUUUAGCGCAUCCGGACUGACCCGGUCCACGGACAACACGCAGAGACCUUUCCUCCUCCUCCCUCUCAAGUUGUGUUUCAUGGAGUCUUUGUGGAAAUCAUUGAUUGUCAACACAGCAGCGAGGUCUGGAGCCUUAUCAUUGCAACACCAUAACAAAGUUACUACAUGAUGAGCAGCCAGCCGAUGCACACCGUCGUUGACCCAGUGUUUCGAAGCAAGAUGCCAUUAUUUGACGGGACCAUAGCAUCCACAGGACUGUCAAAGCCACCAAAUAUGUCUGGUUUUCUGGGUAAGCAGGCACUGCAGUACAGCGGGGCCUACUUCGCUUAUGAUCCCAGAGGAAAGGACGGAGCAGGAUUCAUUCCUCCUUGGAGCAACUCAAAGACCUCCCUACUGGAUGGCAGAAGUCCUGUGAGUCACCUCUCUGGCAUGGAGGGCCCGAACCACAUCAUUUACAGGCAAGACAGCAAUUCUUCAGAGGAAGGCCAUUCUUCCUCUCUGUAUCACGCCCCGGUAAAACAGGGCUUUACAUUAUACACCAAAAGUCCUGGGGUCAGCAGUCCUACAGCUGCCGCACCAGCGGCUCUUGGAAAACAAAAAAACAGAGGUGAAAAAUCAUCUCCCACAUCUGACAACCCUGUUUACUUGGCAGUUCCUAAGCCAGUUUAUAUGCAUAACCCCUGCUGUAAUGAACUGGGUUGCAUGUUAGGACACAGAUACAGUGUGGAACAUGGCUCUCCGAGGAUACCAAACACUGUAUAUGAGCAUGAUUGGAUGCAGACUGAUGCUCACUACACUGACAGACUGCCCGUGCAGAGGAAAGCACAAGACACACUGCUGCAGCAGAAAGGUUUACAGUUUGAGCCCAGCUCAGAACCACUAAAGAGGACUGUGGAGACUUACAGCCCAGGUAGAGCAAGGACUUUUCCUGCUGUGAUCGACCCAAACUACAGCAGCUACCCCUGCACCCCGACCCGCACACUGUUUGGUUCUCUAAGUGAGCAGAGCCAGCGUUUACAGACUUCCCCCAGAGGCUACCCCAGCAUAUACUCCUCCCAUCCCACAUAUGAGCACAUGACCUCAGAGGUUUAUCAGGAACAUUCUCCCAUGUCCAAAUAUGGCCAGCUAACACAGCACCCGAUGUUUUACUAUCCCCGGGCAAAUGUGGAGGUAGAAAACAGGACACAGUGUAAAGAUAUUGGUAGUAAGCAGAGAGAAGAUGUGCCUGUUAUUCUCAAACACACACUCUCAACCCCCCGGGAGCAUUACAUAGUGCCUCAGUCGCUUCAUGGUGAAAUUCCUUUGCCCAGCACUGAAACAUUGCCAAAUCAUGCCUUGAUGAGAGGCUUUGACUACGCAUAUUAUGCAGUUCCAAGAUUUCAUUUACAUGCAAGCCAAAUCAGAGCCCCCCUAAAAAGGCAACGUGCAUCACCAAGCUUGCAGUCUAGUCGCAUUAAUGUUUCCCCAUCCAGCCAAUACACAGAGCACCCGUUGGCCUCUGCAGCCAGCCUACAAAAGGACAAACCAAGCGCAAGCCUGCGUGUUGACCAAUCACGUACCACCUCACCACUCCUACGUAUAGACCAAACCAGUCCUACUAGAUGUGUAAGUCAGUCUAGCGUCUCACCAUCCAGCAUACAAUUAAACAGAUUUUUCCCCCCACUCACCAGCAUGCACUUAGAGCGACCUGUCCUUCCACCGACUGCGUUGAACAUGGACAGAAUCCUGGACCAUUCCUCCUGUGUGUCCCAGAAACAGCCAAAAAGCCUUCCUGUCUCCCCAGCAGCAUGGCUGCCCCGGUCUCCGCAUCACAGCUCAGAUCAAAUCCACGCAGAUGUACCUAAUGGCGCAAAUGUCCGAAAAAUUAUUUAUUCCCCUGCUGUUGCACCAGGAAACAAACACAAGGACCCUGUGUCCAGUUCAGGCAACGCUGUUCUCAAAGCGUGUCUGAAGAGAAGUAUCUCUCACUCAUCUUCACCCAUCAAAAUAAAAGAAGAGGAUAGGGAUGUAUAUGAAGUGGAACUCAUUAAGAAACGACAAAAGGUGGAAACGGGAAAAGUAGAAUUAGGACAUAAAACCGACUCUCCUCCCAUGCCAGUCAUUGACACUGUCUUCAGUCUGGCACCUUACCAAGCCUACCUGCAGGCCUCUGGAGUGUUAUUUCCAGGCAGAGUACCUCAGAGGACUGUCCAGUCACCCCAGCACCAUGAAGUCAAAACCAAGCCAGAUCUCAAAGACAAAAGGCCAGAUCGAGAUGAACAGCAGCCCGUUGUCUGUCUGGUUUCCAAAAAAAUCUGUACAGAUACUCCACCAAAGAAGCCUGCUGUAGAAAUGCUUGAAUCCAAAAAUAUAAAAGUGGAAAAGGCAGAUCCAUCAGACACAGACAAGUCUGCAGAGACUCCUGUUAGUCAAAGGGACUGCAGCAAAGUAACGAUAAAAAAGGAGCUUGAAGAGACCGGCUCAUGCAGCAGUGGGCCCAUGGUGGUGAUAAAGAAAUGUGAACCUGAUGAAUUUGAAAGUAAACCCUCAUUAGUAGAUAAAAAAGAGACUUCACAUGAGUCCAAACCUGGUGAGGUGGCUGCACAGAUGAACUCAUCUUCUCAUGGUGAUGCAUGCACACUGAACAAACAGGUGGUCACAGUGCAACCCAAAUCCAUUACUCCACCUCAGCCACCUGAGAGCAAACGAAAUUUCAAAAACAUUCCCCCUCAGUGUCUGAAACUUUCCACCUGCAAUAUAAUUCUCCGUGAUGCAAAGCUUUCCAGCCCUGUUCCAACCUCAGAGAAGCCACCUGCGAAGAGGAUAACUGAAUUCACACCAAACCUAGAGCUCCAAAUCCCUGUCCGCAAGCACUUCUUUGAGUUGCACAGCUCCCUCUGCAAGCUGGUAUCCAACAUUGUGUCGGCCUCUUCAGAGCAGGAGCUCAGAACCUGGUUGUCUCAGCUGGAACUGACUGAACCGUUAUCUCCUUCAACCAAAGUCCAGAAAGUUUCCUGUUUGUUGGGAGUAAAAGCGCGGGAGGCGUGGCUCAAUGAGGAGAUGAAGUCAGCGCUCCAUAAGGUCCUGGAGAGGUUGCGAGAGUACACCACCCAGGAGCGCUGUCCUUUCCCACAUGUCAUGCGGACGGGAGCGGUGUUCCUCCCCAUGCUUGUGGUGAAGGAGCUGCUGUUUCCAACAGUCCAGGGCAGCUUCAUCGACCAGGUCCUGCAGGAGCACAAAGUGGAGCUGCGGCCCACCACGCUCUCCGAAGAAAAGAUCCUCAUCCAGCUCCAUAAACGAGCCUGCUCCUCCAGGCUCAGGAAACUGAUGUCCCUCAAACACCUGCCUGACAUCUACGCUGAUGUGGUCAACCUUCUGUAUCAUGCCUGUGUCUGCAAACAUUUGGGAUUAGAUGUGGACGUUCCUGCGGACGGAGAAAAAGAUGAAGGUUACGAGACCAUCAGCUGCAGGACUCCAGUACUUUCAGACAUCACUGCCUCACAAGCCUCGCCCUCAGAGUCACACCCACAGAGACAUGAGGAGGACCAGGAGACAAAAUCAGAUUUGAUCAGGAAUAGAACAAUGGGCAGGAUUAAGAGCAGUUCGAGGCGUUUGUUUUUGAGCAACAGUUUGUCAGAUGAGGAUGAGGCAGAUGACGCAGAGACGACUGUAAGUGAAGGCAAGCUGAAUGCACUUAGUGAGGAGAACUGGAGUGGACAUCAGUGUGAGGGGACGGAUAAUGGAGGCAGUGACUGUUUGGUUGCGGAGCAGGAUUCUUUGCUCAUUCCCCUUAGCACAACCUCUGAGAAUUCAUGGAUGUGCCCUUUAACCUUGGACAAUCUCCAUCCAUCUCGCAGUGACACGGAAGCAGAGGAAUACUCCAGCCUGCAGCCUGUAAGAGCCAAAUCUCCAGGUAGAUCCAAGAGCUGCUCAGGCAUGAUUCUCAAACUGAGGAGGAUGUUUAGCGAAGGACUAGACAGAAAAAAGGCCUGCUACCAAGCAAUCUCAGACUCAGGGACGUUUGCUGAACCUUCCCUCUCACAGACUGAUGAUAAGGAGGGAGAAGUGAGCAGUGAACGGGACCUUCACAGGCCCAAAGUAACCCACAGGUGGCAGAGAACAGGAAGCUUCUCUCACGCAUUAAGACCUCUCCGCAGCUCUUCGAAAAGAAAACACAGAUCGCUCUUAAAGAUCAAAUACUGCCCCUACUUGUCCGCCUGCCACAGCGCCGAGCACAGGAGGCGCUGGGUGCUGCGCUCGGCUGUCCAGAGGGCUCGGAGGGCCAUGAGGUUGUACUACCCAGACCUUGUGGGUAAAAGGAUUCGCCAUCUGUAUGAAGAAGACGACAAGUCAGAGGUGUGGUACAGAGGGGAAGUGCUGCGUAUCCAUGAGGCCCACACCAACCCUCUAAAGACUAUAUUUGAGGUCAGGUAUGACAGCGAGCCAGAGUGGAAGUACUACCUAGAGCUACUGAUAGAUUAUAAAAAAGGCUGGCUGAAAAUCGAAGACUAGUUCCGCCACACAAAUGCCGAGGUGUCAAUUUUGCUUUUGGUCACAUCACUGAGUGCAAUCAUUUUUUUUAAUUGUUUUAUCUCUCAACUGUCUAUUUUUUUUUACUCGCCAACAACAGGCCGAUGAGUCUUAAAUAUCUGCCGGGCCUCCUCAGGAAUGAAGUUGGACAGGAUAUUUUUUUGUAACGAGGUCAGCUAAACAUUCUUUGUCACUUGAUAGCUGCACAGUGCAUAAUUAGGGACUGACUGUAGCCAUGGUGCAACAUCCUGUAGAUGUUUUAUUUUAAGUGCUAAUCGUCUUUGACACAUCUGUCUUUGGCUUUUCUAGUUUGUACACAAAUGAGAUUGUGGUUAUGCGAAAGACCUCGCUUAAUUUAAGUGUCCAUUAGAUUAUUUCAAACUUCCAUUGUGAGUAAUUAAAUUGGGUAUUUAUUAUCUUCAUUAUCCACUUUCCUGGUUUGAAAAAAAGUGAAGUUAGUGACUGGUAGAUUUUCUAUUUUUACUUUGCGAAACCAGCAAAUGACAAAGACAUUUAUAAAAGGUUUUACUGUCAACAGUGCCAGCCACGUGUAUAUAGGUUUACAGUAGAGUCAUUAUUAUGACACAUUUAUUAUUAGCAGAGUGAUUUUUACCCUGAUGAAUGUUGUUUUUAUUGUGUGUAAGUGAAGCUGUACAGGCAUUUAUGUAGUUCUGUUUCGCUGCUCGAGAUGUCCCCAUGUCAUAGUGUUUGAAUCACUGUGAACCUUCAAGACUUUCACCUCAAGUCAUGUUUUAAUUUUGUAUAAUUUGCUUAGACGUUUGCAGAUGAGUUUGUUCAAAGCAUUAUUCUCACCGUUGUCUUAAAUAAAUGUUUGUAAUGAG